GUAGGUAUGGUCACCCUCACCCUCCACCACUCUUACUUUUUCAUAAUUAUCAUGACAAUUUUAGUGAUUUCAUCAAAUCAAGCUUUUUUUUCUAAAGUGCACCCGCGGUAGUCUUUUGCUGUAUCUGUGGUUUUGGUACAGAUUUUUUCCCACAAUUUCCUAUCGGCUUUAAUUUACUUACAGUGGUUCUUUUGAGAAUUCAACUUGUUAUUCUUCGGCUCACUCAGUCCAGCCGAUUGCCUCCUGUUUAGUGUGAUUCUGACUCCUAUCGGGAAAAACACAUGAUAUUUGUUUCAUCAAUGGAACUGAAGCUACAUUCACUAUGACAAAAAUCAAUGGUGUCAAGUUCCCAGGUCUCUCUUCGUUGUUACUCCAGUGACAAUGCCAUGAGAAAACAGAAAUGGAUUUUAAAUGUGGUAUUUCCUCAAAGGUCACUGUACCAAGUGUACCAACUCCAAUGGCCGCCGUAACGUCGGAAAAACCACCAGCUACUAUCAAAAUAGAUCUUCCAAGCGGAGAAUUUCAGUAUAUCAAAUGGAAUGAUGACUUAGACAUCAAGGGCACUAUUACGCUGAUUACUAAUCGCCUUGGAGUAACUUAUCAUCGUUGUUAUGCAAUUCUCCUCCUUGAGCCGCAAUCCAAGCAGAAAUUUUGGCUUCAUCCAGAUAUCACUUUCAGACAGGUGCUGGAAAAGUGUGAAGCAAAGCAUAAAUUCAGUAAUUGGAAAUUUGAGUUAAGGAUCAGGUUCCUACCUCAAGAUUUAGGUCAACUCUAUGACAAAGACAAAGUUACCUUUAUGCUGUUCUUUCACGAAGUUCAGAAAGAAUACCCUUCAGAUACUAUUGGUGCGAAUAUUGAUCAUGAAGUGGCUAUUCAGCUGUGCUGUCUUAAAAUUAGAUACUUUUUUAAAGAUAAACUGGACAAAAAAAUUAGUUUAGAUCAUUUAGAAAAAGAGGUCGGUCUUCAGAAGUUCCUACCGCUGAGCGUUAUCGAUCAGAUCAAACCAAAAACCCUGAAACAAACGAUCAAGCAUCAGUUGAAGAAAGCAAUACAAUUACCUGAAAAAGAAAGUCUCUGCAAGUUUCUCCAACUCUUGAAAUCUCUUAACAGAUUUGACUACGAAAAAUUCCAUUGCACGCUGGGGUCUGGGUGGUCUUUCCCAGUGGAGUUAGUCAUUGGACCGGAUAUUGGAAUCUCAUAUAUUUCCCAUAAGGCUACUGUUCCUCAGAAAAUGGCUGAUUUCGAUGCUGUCGAAAGUCUAAGCACCUUGGUAACUGAUUGUGAACCUCAUCGGAAGACACUCCUCCAACUACGGGUAACGGGCGCUCCUGAAACACUGACUGUGACAUGCCCUUCUUUGGAGGUCGCUGAAAGUUUAGCUCAUCUAGUCGACGGAUAUUUUAGAUUUUACACAAAUAGUGAUACUUCGCUCUGGAACUUAAAAGCUGCCAUUUGGAAAAAGUAUCCCUGCCAGCUUUGUUGCGUGAAAGACUCUUCAAAUGCUGCUGCCAAAACCAAAGUCAAGAAUGGGACAAGUGCUGUUUUGUCUGAGGAUUACGCUGAGAUCUGCGAUGAGGAAGGUGACUACUCCACUCCAACAAGCAGAGAUUAUGAACUAAGCCGAGAAAAAAUCGAAUUGGGAGAAAUCAUUGGGCAAGGACAAUUCGGUGACGUUCACAAAGGGGUCUACAAGUUGCGGCCGGAUAACAGUGUCCCUGUCGCCAUUAAAACCUGCAAAGUGGACGCUGAUCUGGCAACUGCUGAAAGAUUUCUCGAAGAGGCUUAUAUCAUGCAGCAGUUUGAUCACUCCCACAUUAUCAAGCUCAUUGGUGUUUGCUCAGAAAAUCCAAUCUGGAUUGUAAUGGAACUUGCCAGGCAUGGCGAGCUCCGUGCUUAUUUACAAAGUAACAAAGAUUUUUUAGAUCUAUCUGUUCUAGUCCUCUAUACAUUCCAACUGUCUACCGCUCUUUCGUAUCUUGAGUCCAAAAAAUUUGUUCAUAGGGAUAUUGCUGCCAGGAAUGUUCUAGUCUCCUCCCAUCGUUGUGUGAAGUUGGCUGAUUUUGGCCUGUCACGAUGGGUUGAAGAUCAAAGCUACUACAAAGCGGGUCGUGGGAAACUCCCCAUCAAGUGGAUGGCCCCAGAAUCUAUUAACUUUCGCCGUUUUACAACUGCAAGCGAUGUUUGGAUGUUUGGAGUGUGUAUGUGGGAAAUCCUAAAGUUUGGUGUGAAGCCGUUCCAAGGUGUGAACAAUAAUGAUGUCAUCGGCAAACUAGAAAAUGGAGAACGCCUACCACUACCUCCCCUUUGUCCUCCGCGGCUUUACUCGCUCAUGUCACAGUGUUGGGCCUACGAGCCAAGCAAAAGGCCCAGCUUUAAAGAGAUUAAGCAGGUUCUCAACGAAAUUUUAAUAGAAGAAAAACGUCAGCAGCAAGACUCAAUGCGAAGAGGGAAUAGGCGUAUUCAAUCAUGGAGUGAUUCAGAUGAAUGUCUACCUCCUCCAAAACCCUCACGGAAUCUCAUUAACGACGAAACGUCGAGCCAACCAGGUGCUGUCUCAACGUACAUAGUUGCUCAAAACCCGGAAGUCCUUGUCCAUCUCCUGAAGGAGAAUGAAGCUCGUGGCGUGAACCCAUCUGUCUACACAACCCCAGCCUCCGCCUUCAACACUCUAACGAGUGAGCCGGUGUACGGAGAUGGACUGUUGUACAAUCCUGGGACUUCCGAGGUUGAAUUUGAAGCUCAGUUAUUAGAACAACGACUCAAACAGCAGCAGUUAGAAUCGGAAGAGGACAGUCGCUGGUUGGCUGAGGAAGAGAUUAAUUUGAAGAAGCGGCUCUCUAUUGCAAACAGUUUGUCAGAUGGUGACUCAAACGAUGGGAGGGAAACAAGCUUAACAACGCCUCCUUCAUCACAGUGUGGAGAUUCGUUAGAGAGACAAAAGCGGAAGGAACGAAUAAUAAUUGUGAAGAAAAUGGAACCGACUCCGACUGCUAACCUCAACCGAAGUAAUGAUAGAGUCUACGAAUGUACCACCUGCGUUGUUAAAUCAGUCAUGGCAUUAUCUCAAGGUGUUCAACAAGCUCAAGCUAGUCAAUAUUUAGAGUUAGUACAGUGUGUUGGUCUGGAGCUGCGUCAGCUUCUCUCCAGUGUCGAUGCCUUAGUCUCCAUCGUUCCAACCUCAGUCCACCAAGAAAUCGGACUAGCCCACAAAGUUUUGAGUAAAGACAUGAGCGAGCUGGUUUCAGCAAUGAAACUGGCGCAGAACAACAGCAACACAACUCUCGACGCGGAGUACCGAAAAGCUAUGCUGUCAGCCGCUCACGUCCUGGCAAUGGACGCUAAGAACUUACUCGACACCAUCGAUUCGGUGCGUAUGCGGUUUCCGCAAGUAGAUCUGUUGUUCAACAAGCCACAGAAUGGCGAAAUAGGGAUUGAGCAGCCGGCAACGGGAGCUGCGCCACAAUCGUGUUCAAGCGAUGCCAAAGAGUCUGUGAUCAGGGAGGCGCUCGAUCCAAAUGUUCCCUCGAGCUCUAAGCUAGGCGAACCGUGCACGGCUAGCAUUCACCUGACAACGUAAUGUUUACUUAACCUCACUUUUUUAACUUCUACCAAAAAUUACUCUAUAUUUAUGCUUUUUUAUAUUUGUUUUUUACUUUUGUCAUUUGAACUGUAAAUCUCUAGUUAAUUAAUUUAUAAUAUAUUUUAGUGUUUUCAAUAA